AUGUCGAUCGAUGCCCUGUGCAUCAACCAGACCGACCUCGAGGAGCGCAACAAGCAAGUCCACAUCAUGUGCGACAUCUACCGCCGCGCAAGUCAUGUCGCCGUCUGGCUAGGUCCUGAGAGGGAGGACAGUAAGAUGGCUAUGGCUGCUCUGCGCCAUCUCGGCGAGCAGGCCGUCUACACCGAGCGCGGGGCAUGGAGGACGAAUCCACCUGGAUGUAGUAACCCAGAGCUGGCUCGCGCAUCGGUUCCGCUCCCUUACAACGAGCAGACCUGGCGAUCCAUCGCCAGCCUAUUGCAGCGUUCCUGGUUCGAGCGUCUUUGGAUGUGGCAGGAGGUUCGUCUAGCCGACGAGCGCUCUUUCAUGCUAUGCGGUCCCGACAGUAUUUCACUAUCUCUAUUCCGUCGCGCAAUCUUCUGUGCCAGCGACAAGAAGUUCCUUCCGAGCAAUGAGGUGCGCGGGUUGAUUCUUGACGCUGUCGGGGUGAUGCUGGCAUUCUCCAAUCGGCCGUUCUUCCGAGAGCUACAGACGCUCAACUGGAAAGGAUGCGCGAAUCCCCGGGACAAGAUCUACGGAGCACUGGGGGCUGCUCCGGCGGCAAUCAGGGAGCGUAUCACUCCAGACUAUUCCCUGCCAGUUGAGACGGUGUAUGGCCAGUUCUGCAAGGCGUAUAUCGAGUGUCUGGAGAGGCUGGACUUUCUUGGCCGUUGCAACAUCGACGCUCGUGAGAUUAAGGGGCCUACUUGGGUCCCAGACUGGUCGGUUCCUGUUGAUCGAGCAGUGCGGCUUCCGUAUGCCGAUAUCUUCUAUGCGGCCGGCGCUUCAGCCGCAGAAGUCAGCUUCAGGUCUGAUAGUGGUCAAAAGUCACCCCCUGACUCCGACGGUCUCCUUGCCGCUGUGAAAACGUGGGAGGCAGAAGCACUCUCAACAGAGCGAUACGCGCCAACAAACGAGAGAGCAAUAGACGCCUUUGUCACACUUCUCGGACUGGGAUACUUGAUCGAGAGGUGGCCGCAGUGCAACAGUCUCCUCACGAUACCUGAGGCGGCAGAUCUCUACGGCAGAGAGUUUAUCGAUACCAAAGGCGACACAGUCUCUCACAAAUCUCUCAACUUCAUCCGCGUACGGCAUCGGUACUUCAUCAAGACGGACACGGGGUACAUGGGCGCACAUCCCACGCGCGUUCAGAAAUCGGAGACAAGCUUGGUCGUAGGAGCGACGUACACUCACGGUCUGAUGGACACAGAGGCACUUCUCGGUCCCUUGCCAGAGGGCUGGAGGGUACGGAUGGCCAGGGAGUCUGGGUUCUUUGACUCCAUGCAUUUCUUCUCAGUAACCGAGGACAAAACGACAAAGGAGGAUCCGAGACUUGGCGACGACCCGCCAGAGUGGGAGAGGCUUGAGGCUCUGAGGACGGGCAAUGAUCCGUGGAACUUUGCUCGGUAUCGGAGUCGGAAGACAUGGGAUGUAAUCAACUCUGAUCCGAGGUUGAUGCCGGACGCCCUGAGAUCACGUGGUGUUCGUGUUGAGUGUUACAGCUUAGUGUAA